AUGUCUAUGCUUCCAACUUUUGGCUUUACGCAAGAGCAAGUUGCGUGCGUCUGCGAGGUCCUCCAACAGGGUGGAAACAUCGAACGACUCGGGCGCUUUUUGUGGUCUUUACCCGCGUGUGAGCACCUCCACAAAAAUGAAAGUGUUCUCAAAGCUAAAGCUGUGGUCGCCUUUCACAGAGGAAAUUUCAGAGAGCUUUAUAAGAUCCUUGAGAGCCACCAAUUCUCCCCUCACAAUCACCCGAAGCUGCAACAGCUUUGGCUCAAAGCACACUAUAUCGAGGCGGAGAAGCUCCGAGGCCGCCCUCUCGGGGCUGUGGGAAAGUACCGUGUCCGCAGAAAGUUCCCCCUGCCUCGGUCUAUCUGGGACGGCGAGGAGACAAGUUACUGUUUCAAAGAGAAGAGCAGGAACGUACUCAGAGAAUGGUACACGCAUAACCCCUACCCUUCCCCGCGGGAGAAGAGGGAGCUCGCCGAGGGCACAGGGUUGACAACCACACAAGUCAGUAACUGGUUCAAAAACAGACGGCAAAGAGACCGCGCGGCAGAAGCUAAGGAAAGGGAAAACAACGAAAACUCCAACACCAACAGCCACAACCCAUUGACUUCUUCCAUGAAUGGAAAUAAAACACUUUUGGGGAGCUCAGACGACGACAAAACGCCUUCAGGGACUCCGGAUCACACUUCGUCGAGCCCGGCAAUGCUCCUCGCUUCAAACUCCGGGCUGCAGAUGCACGGCCUCGCGCCUCCACCCGGGCCUAGCGCCAUCCUCGUGUCCAGCCUUGACUCUGUGCACCAUCAUCACUCUUUGCACGACACUAUACUGAACCCUAUGUCGUCCAACCUGGUCGAACUCGGCUCUUAAACAUGGGACCCUGUUGGGAAAGACCUUUCUGAGUGCACAUGGAUGUUUGAGAAAAGCUUCAGGCACUUGAGGCAAAAGGAAAGAACAGAGUCGGAAAAAUGUGGCACACGCCGUGAGAGGUGAGAUGGUAGGCGUUUAGCUGAACAGGCUGGACUGAAAGGUAUUUUACCGGGAUGUAAUAACAUGUCAUACUGUUGAAAACAAUAACAAUAAAAUGUCUUAAUUCUUG